CCAUCGCCCAAGGGCGUAAGCCUAUUACUCCCCAUUUGCCCCUCCCCUACUACCAGGUAUAUAUAUGACCAAACCAGGCCCGGGACACUAUAAGUCUCUUCGAGCUUCAGUGACCAGUUACGGCUCAAAGUUCAGCAAUCUUGUCGAAAUGAAAUUGAUAUCCCUCUUCCUGGCCAUGGCUGUAGCUCUUGCCGCCCUGAUGGGGUCUGCUGAGGCCCAUCCAGAGCCAUGGGCAUUGGCUGAUCCUGAUCCUGAGGCUCUGGCUGAUCCUGAUCCAGAGGCCUUGGCAAACCCCGACCCUUGGAAUUUCAGGCGCAGACGCUACCGCCGCAAGCAGUACCGCCCUUACUCGUACAAAAUCAGAUACUGGUAGACUACCUGACAUCCAACCUAUCUGUUAUUGCCUGGCGUCUGACAUUAAGGAAUUACCAUUGGUGUGAAUAGUUGAUAAGACUCUCGGCCCGUCUAGAAGUGUUGCUAGGAACAAACCUUGUAACCAUAAUACCAAGAUGAUA